UGUAAUUUGGUGUUCCUCGAUAAACUGAAGGGAUUCUUUGGCUCAAUAUUCAUGAUUUCAUCCCAUCAUGAAUUUGGCUGAGGGUUCUUGACGCAUGUGUCGAUCAUAACCUGCUGGCUGCACGCUGCAACAUGGGGCUCGCAGUGCCCAGGAGCUCCUUUCUGCUGGCGCUGCUGAGCGUUUUGCUGCAGUCAUGCCAGGCACAGACGGAUCACAGAAGUGGGUGGCUUUCUUCAAUAGCAGCACAACUGUUAGAUGGGAGUGGACGGAGGUUGCUUGGGGAAUCGGACCACAGAUACGACAUGCAUGACCCCAUCAAGCUGUAUGCCAACAAAGUGGGACCCUUCAGCAAUCCCAGUGAGACAUACCAGUACUACAAUUUGCCCUUCUGCACACCGGAAGGCGGCAAGGAGUACAAGACGGAGGGGCUGGGGGAGGUGCUGGAGGGAGAUCGGCUGGUGAAUACACCCUACUCCAUCAAAUUCAGGGUGGACAAGGAGAAUGAGAUCCUGUGCUCGAGAGAGCUGACUGCCAAGGACUUGAAGAAGUUCCGCAAGGCCGUCAAGAAGGACUACUAUUUCCAGAUGUUCUAUGACGACCUGCCCAUCUGGGGUUUCAUUGGCAAGGUGGAGAAGAUCAUGAGCCAGCCGGGCGGCAAGACCUGGGAGAAGCACGACCUGCGCUACUACCUCUUCACGCACAUCCACUUUGACAUCCUGUACAAUGGCGACCGCGUGAUCGAGGUCAAUGUGUCCACCGACCCCUCGCGCACAGUGGACAUCACAGAGGGGGAGAAUACCAUCGUGGACUACACCUACUCUGUCAAGUGGCGCGAGACCACCAUCCCCUUUGAGAAGCGCAUGGACAAGUACUCCCGCUACUCCUUCCUGCCGCAGCACCUGGAGAUCCACUGGUUCUCCAUCAUAAACAGCUGCGUGACGGUGCUGCUGCUGACGGGGUUCCUGGCCACCAUCCUCAUGCGCGUGCUCAAGAACGACUUCGUCAAGUACACGCGCGACGACGAGGCUGGAGAGGACCAGGAGGAGACGGGGUGGAAGUACAUCCACGGGGACGUGUUCCGCUUCCCGCCGCACCUGUCGCUGUUCUGCGCGUGCGUGGGCACGGGCAGCCAGAUCCUUACCAUGGCCGUGUGCAUCUUCGCGCUCGCCCUCGUCGGCGUCUUCUACCCCUACAAUCGCGGCGCCCUCCUCACCUCCUGCGUAGUGCUGUAUGCGCUGACGGCUGGGGUGGCAGGCUACGUGGCGGCGGUGUCGUACAAGGUGAUGGGCGGCACCAACUGGGUGCGCAAUGUGCUGCUGACGACGGCGCUCUUUUGCGGGCCCAUGCUGGCCACGUUCUCCUUCCUGAACACGAUCGCCAUCGUGUACCGCUCCACAGCCGCGCUGCCCUUUGGCACCAUCUGCAUCAUCCUUGUCAUCUGGGCCCUCAUCACCUUCCCACUCACCGUCCUCGGCGGCAUCGCCGGCAAGAAUUCCAAGGCGGAGUUCAAUGCACCGGUACGGACGACCAAGUACCCGCGUGAGAUUCCGCCGCUGCCCUGGUACCGGAGGGCGUUCCCUCAGAUGCUCAUGGCCGGCUUCCUGCCCUUCUCCGCCAUCUACAUCGAGCUCUACUACAUCUUCGCCAGCGUCUGGGGCCACAAGGUGUACACCAUCUACUCCAUCCUGUGCAUCGUGUUCAUCAUCCUGGUCAUUGUGACGGCCUUCAUCACCAUCGCUCUGACCUACUUCCAGUUGGCAGUGGAAGACCACCGCUGGUGGUGGCGCUCCUUCCUCUGUGGCGGCUCCACAGGGCUGUUCAUCUUCGCGUACUGCUUCUACUACUACUUUGCGCGGAGUGACAUGAGCGGCUUCAUGCAGACAAGCUUCUUCUUCUGCUACAUGGGCAUGAUCUGCUAUGCCUUCUUCCUGAUGCUGGGGGCGGUGGGCUACCGAGCAAGCCUCACCUUUGUGAGGCACAUCUACAGUGCCAUCAAGAGCGAUUGAGCUGCAUGAAAGCAGUUGCAUGGGAUGAUGGAAGCACUCAUUGCUUGGAAGGAUUGCAGAAGAAAGCAAGGAGAUUGAGGAGGCUCCUUGUUGUCAGUGGAGGCUGUUGGCAUGCGCAUGCGCAGUGUGCAUGUGCACCUUCCAGCCCAGUGUUUGGCGUUGUGAAGGGAUUGAGGACUCAGAAGUAACAUUAAUUUGAGCGCAACGUUCCUUUGUGUGCAGAUUGCGCAGGACAUAUACCGCAGACAACGCUAGUAUGUUGUCAUAGAAUUGUAGUGCAAUUGCAAGAUGCCAGUGGCAUUGUGAUAGUUAAUGAUGCUACCAAUGCUGCCUGAGGCCAUUCAUGAGGAGAGCUGUGUCUAUUGUUUCACACUGUUGUGACGGGCUAUUGGCAACUCCAAAUGAAAGAAAUGCGGACU